AAUUUUAUAAAUUCCAGUAUACAAUAUAAAAUUGACAUAAUAAAAGGAUGUUCAGAGGUUUUACUAGCCAAAUGUAAUAUUUUUGUAACAGAUUGUGUAAUAGGAGAAAUGGAAAAGUUAGGACAAAGAUAUUCUCUAGGAUUAAAAUUAAUAAAGGAUCCUCGUUUUCAAAGAUUAACUUGUAAUCAUAAAGGUACUUAUGCUGAUGAUUGUAUAGUUAAUAGAGUUACAGAAAGUCGGUGUUAUAUUAUUGCCACAAAUGAUAGAGAUCUUAAAAUAAGAUUAAGAAAAAUACCGGGAGUUCCUAUUUUAUAUGCUAAAAAUUUUAAAUAUAAAAUUGAAAGACUUCCCGAUAAUAUACUUAUUUCGUAA